CUGUGGAACAUGCCGGUCGUUCUUUCAUGGCGAUGGGCAGGGAGGGAGGGCAGAAGAGGCAGGACGUUGAUCGAUGCUGGGAGGAGGCUUGCUAUGUGUACAUACUCGACUCAAGACGUAUCGAGCGCGAGGAGCAUGAGGAUGGGUACAUCGAGGUCAAAGUUUGUCGGCCCCGGAUAUCCGUCGGAGGCACCCUUCCACGCAUCAGAGCGCGGUGUUGCCUACGGGACCAGGAGGUGGAUGAACUUUGGAGGAUCGGACUUCUGGAAUGGCCAUGUUGCGUAUCUAAGGCAUCCUCGGCUGCAGCAGGAGGUGUACUUGGUGGGUAGCGUACACAUCUCGAAGAAGAGCGCGGAGAUAGUAAACGAGGUUAUCCUUGCGGUGCGCCCCCAGGCCGUCAUGGUGGAGCUCUGCGAAGCCAGAAAGCGGGCCAUAGUAUCGAUAGACCAAGGACAACAAACAUCGACCCUUGAUACAAUCCUGAGAAUGGCCGGGAUAUCAAGGCAGCAGGCCAGCGCUAUGGUUGGGGACAAGAUUCUUGAGUUCAUCGACGCGUACACCAGGGGGAACGAGAUGCUCGUCGCCAUGAGGGCAGCGGAGCAGGUCGGUGCCAAGGUCAUACUCGGAGACAGAGAUCAGCAAACGACGCUGAGGAGGUUGAAGGAGGAGUUCAACCUGUCCGACGUCCUGAAGCUGCUCUCCACUCCCAUGUCACCCUCCUCGCAAAGCAUCUUCUCAACCCCUUUCGCGAAGCAGAAGAGCGAGAAGGAAAUCACACGGGACGAUGCUCGUCGCAUGCUGCAGCGACUCCGAGACUCCUGCUCCUCGGGGAUGAUCUCUGCCCUUGUGGAUGAGCGGGAUGAAAUCAUGGCGCAGACUCUAGCGAGGUGUAAUUUUCAACGGGUGGUCGCUGUGGUUGGGAUGGCGCACAUGGACGGAAUAGAAAAGAGAUACAAAGAUGAGGGUCUUUUGAUCGAAUAACUCAGUAAAACACACGUGCAUUGCUG